AUGAUUCAACGUCACACAUACCACCGGGCAGCAACCCUGCUAGCCUUCUCGUGGCUGAUCCUCACGGUAUCCGCCCGUGUCGGCGGCGGCAGCUCCGACACCACGACCAACACGGACGCCGCCAGCUACAACCCCAGCUACAACCCCAGCUACAGCCCAUACAACCCCUACAACCCCAACAGCGGCAACCCCGGCGCCGGUGCGGGUGGAUUCAACCCCGGCUUCGACAUCACCCAAAUGAUGGACUACCGGCGCAUCCACGGCAUCCUAGCCGCCACCGCCAUGGUGGUGCUGUUCCCCGUGGGCUCGAUCAUUGUGCGGGUCGUGCCGGGCCGGUUCGCCGUGUGGGUGCACGCGGGCUUUCAGAUGCUCGCGUGGGCGGUGUAUGUGGCGGCGGUGGGGAUGGGGAUUUAUUUGUUCGAGAACCCGGACACGAGGUAUCACCCCAUUAUUGGCCUGGUCUUGCUGGUGCUGUUGAUUGUCCAGCCGGUUGUUGGCUUCAUCCACCAUAGGGUGUUCAAGAAGGUGCAGAAGCGGCAGGUGUGGUCGUACGUGCAUUUGACUCUUGGGCGUGUUGGCAUCAGCCUGGGCAUCAUCAACGGCGGCUUGGGGCUGUAUCUUUCGGGCGCCUCGGCCUACCACAAGAGGGUGUACGGCAUCGUGGCCGGUGUCAUGUGGGCCUUGUGGAUGGGCGUCGCCGUUUGGAGUGAGGUGAGAAGACUGAGGAAGAAUCGGAAGGGAACGGAGACGGUCGUGUCUAAGGGUCCUCCCGCUGAAAGUGCAAGGGUGAGCCAAGAGUAA